AUGAGGGAUCGCGCCACCAAAAGAUCAGUGCUCUCAACCAUUGCUCAAAUUUAUGACCCACUAGGAUUAAUGGGACCAACGAUUGUCCGUGCCAAAAUGAUCCUCCAACAACUCUGGAGACUGAAAAUAGGAUGGGACGAGUCCCUUCCUCUCGACCUUCAUACUACAUGGAUGCAAUAUCAAGGAAGGAUCAACGACAUGAGUUUAAUCUCUAUUCCCCGACCUGUAAUCUGCUCGGCGCCGCGCAGGGUCGAAAUGCAUGGAUUCUGUGAUGCGUUUGAAGCGGCAUACGGAGCCUGUAUCUACAUACGGAGCAUAAACGAGGCAGGACAAAUAUCGUCACAUCUUCUAUGCGCCAAGUCCCGGGUAGCCCCUCUCAAGAAGGUUACGCUUCCCCAACUUGAAUUGUGCGGAGCUUUGUUGCUUACAAAACUUGGCCAAGCAGUGCGACAAGCGCUUUCAGUAAGGUUCGACAGCAUUAAUUAUUGGAGCGACUCUACAAUCACCCUAGCAUGGCUCAAGCGUAGUCCUGAAGAAUUGCAAACCUUCGUUACAAACAGGGUGGCAGAAAUACAGCGGGUUGCAUCUGACGCACAGUGGCUUCACGUAAGGUCCAAGGAUAAUCCGGCAGUCGUUUUAUCUAGGGGUGCAUCGCCCGAGGUUUUUGGAACGUUUCGCCUGUGGUGGGAUAGACCACCCUGGAUGACAAUGGAUCGACGGCAAUGGCCCAACGAGUUUUCAUCGCUGCCGGAAGCUCAAAUUCCAGAACUUAAGAGGCAAGCAGUUGCGGCUCCAUGCAGUUCGUCAGAUUUCGACUUACUGACAAAAUUGUCGUCCUUUUCGCGCCUAAAGCGCGUGGCAGCAUAUUGUCUGCGAUUCAAGAGAAACACCCUCACAAAGCAGUUAAGGGAAUCAGGCCAGCUCACAGUGGAAGAAUUGGAAGAGGCUACAGCCAGGCUCAUACAGAUAGUCCAGUCAGAGGAAUUCGCCCCAGAAAAAAUGGACCUCCAAACCAAAGGGCAGGUGGCCACUAAGAGCAAGCUUGUUACGCUCAACCCAUUUAUGGAUGCUAAAGAAAUUGUACGGGUAGGCGGUCGGAUUCGUCACGCCAAAAUUGACUAUUCGUGUCGUCAUCCAAUAAUCUUGCCGACAAAGCACCCUUUUACGGAAUUAAUAAUUCGGGAUGCCCAUCUUAAACAGUUUCACCUAGGACCUCAAGGUCUUCUCGCUCAUUUGCGUCAAUUGUAUUGGAUUAUUUCAGGAAGGCAAGCGAUUCGACGAGUCCUUCGCAAAUGUAUCACGUGUUACCGCGUGCGCCCUAUAACUCAGAAUCAAUUGAUGGGUGAUCUUCCAAAGAACCGCGUUAACCCAUCACGGGCGAUUCUGCAUUCCGGGUUAGAUUACGCGGGACCGUUCAACAUCAAAAUCUCGCGAAACAAGGGUGGAAAGGCGUAUUUGUGUAUCUUUGUAUGCUUCUCAACAAAAGCUACUCAUUUAGAGAUCGUCAGUGACCUAUCAACGAACGCCUUUCUAAAUGCCUUAAAGCGAUUCAUCGCACGACGUGGUAGAUGCGCUACAUUGUGUUCCGACAAUGGCAUAAAUUUUGUCGGGGCAAACAACGAGCUCAAGGCCCUCGCGAACAUGAUAAAGACGGAACAUGGUAAAAUAGAGCGAUUUCUAUCCGAUCAAAAUAUUCAAUGGAGUUUUAUUCCUUCAUACUCUCCGCAUAUGGGAGGGCUCUGGGAGGCAGCGGUUAAAUCCGCCAAGACUCACCUAAAAGGAGUUAUCGGUGAUACCCUUUUAACGUUUGAAGAGCUCGGCACGAUUUUUGCCCAAAUCGAAGCCAUCUUAAAUUCACGGCCGCUAUGUCCGAUCUCUGAUGAUCCUAGCGAUGUCAAACCUCUUACUCCGGGGCACUUCCUCAUCGGCGAACCACUCAACUCCUUCCCAGAGCCUGACCUCACCGAGGUAGCGACAAAUCGACUAACGCGAUUCCAAUUGUUAUCGCAGAUGCGACAAAAUUUUUGGACCCGUUGGUCCCAAGAAUACCUGACGCAGCUCCAAAAUCGUUACAAAUGGCAAAAACCGAAUGCCUCGGCGAUUAAGGUCAAUGCCUUAGUGUUACUCAAGAGCAAUGAUGCUCCUCCGUUAAAAUGGCGUAUGGCGCGAAUAGUCGAAACACACGCCGGUACCGAUAAUCAUAACCGCGUUGUUAGCGUACAAACUUCUAGCGGCAUUACGAAACGUGCGGUAAACAAAAUUUGCGUUCUUCCUAUUGACGUCUAA